AUGUUUUCCUUAAAUCAUCAACUAGAGCUUAAAAAGAUUGCUGUUUCAAGUUUAAUCACUUGUAUUUAUUUGCCGAGUAUCGUUACUGUGAUAUCUUACAAAGGUAUUUUAUAUUCGAUCGGAAAAAGCUCUUCAUUUUAUGUUUUAGUUUUGAUUUUCAUCGCGGAGUUGCUGAAAUCGUUUUAUCUUAAUAGCAAUGUUCAAACUAAAAAGUAUAAAGGAAACAGAAAUCGAGCUGGAGAUAUAGUAAAGGCGUUUGUAUUUCUACUUGGAGUUAUAUUUUGUUUUUUUGUCGGUAUAAUACUGUUCGGAGCACCAGUGUUAGAAUCCCAUGACGAGACACUGAUGUUAUCAACUCUACUCACCCUUCUAACAGUGUUUCCAUUAAUAGCCCUUACUGGAGUGGAAGCAUCAAUGCAACUUCUAUUUGGAGUAAAGAAUUUUUCAAGAGAUACUGUAAUAGAGAUGCUUGUUAAUAAUGCAUUGCUGACUGUCUGUGGGGCUUGGCUCGGUGCUGUUGUGAUUCCAUUGGACUGGAAUACGCCUUGGCAACAAUGGCCCAUACCAUGUUAUCUUGGAGCAAUUGGUGGAUAUGUAUUUUCAAAUGUUUUGAGUGUAGUAAAAAUAACAAUGAUGUCUGCAGCAAACAAAUAUCCAGUAUUAAAUUUUUUUGUUAGUGUAUUAAACAAAUUUAAUUUAUCUAAGUGA